AUGCGCUGGGGAUGGCCUUACACUGUAAGCCAUCUGAGCUAUCUGUCUCUGCUCGCGAGUCAGCUCUGGCUGCGCGAUGCUGGAGCUAUGGUGGCACGGCCAGAUCUGCACAACUGGAUUCCUCACAUGAGACCCCGCACUCUGCACACUGGUGACCUUCAGCAAUUGAUGCAGAAGUACAGAGUCGUGGUUCUGAUGACGAGCAUUCCUCGCCGUAUUGACCACAUGGAGCCUGUCAUUGAUGCGAUCCUUGCACAAAGCUGGCAGCCAGCAGAGAUCUACAUGAGCAUUCCCUACAUUUACAACCGGACCGGCGAAACAUAUCACAUCCCGGAAUGGAUGCAAGCAAAGGUGGAUGCCACGCCGACCUUGCACCUCGUUCGCUGUGUUGACCUGGGUCCCGGAACCCACCUCUUGAAUGGCCUCCGCAUGGAAGAAGAUCCCUGGACCUUCCUCGUGGUCGUGGAUGACGACCAUAUCUACGGACCUGAGCUUGUCGAGCAACUGAUGCGAGCGGCGCUUGGAAAUCCGGGCAGCGCCGUAGCCGCCCAAGGCUUCCUCUCAGUGCCAGGGCUGCUGGAGUCGCAGGAGCUCCACACCAUGGAGGAGCAAGGUGGCGACCGGCCACGGUAUUUGCAGGAUCAGGGCUUUGCAGCAGGGCCAGUGCUGGUGAGCUACCUCGGCGUGGUGUAUCAGCGCGGUUUCUUCGAUGACACUGUGUAUUUCUACAACAGCGACUGUCAGCAAUGCCGCUACCAGGACGACAUGUGGUUCUCGGCGCACCUCGCGCAGAAGGGCAUCCGCCGACUUGUAAUUGGUGCAGCGCUGGGUGUUCAGGAGCUGACUGAGUUUCAUCUCGGACCGGAGUCCCUGACAUUCUGGGAGGAGAACAAGCCUCGGCAGAUCAGUGAUGAUUGCAACAAGGGCUUGCUGCGUGCCAACAGCCAUCUUUGGGCUUUGCGUCGGCGAGUUGUCCUUGCCCUUGGUGGCCUCCCGCCAGCGGUCUGGCCGAUUCCCGAUCAGGUGCCGAAGGAGUGGGCGCCGCCACUCGCAGCCAUCAGCAGGCUUCGACAGCUGCCCGAUUUGACAUAUCUUUGCACCAGUGGCUGGAAUGAGGCCAGGCACUCGUCCGGCUUCUUGCUGGGGACUUCCUUUAUGUUCGGCAGCGUUUUGGCAACUGGUUCGAGUGCCUGUGCUGCACAGUCGGAAGCUCGCAUUUCGCAGCUGAUGCAGGAUGCUCUGCUUUGGGAAGGGGACCCAAACACGGUCGUGGUCAUGGGGUCUUUGCCCAUGCUGGAGGAGGACCCGACCGGCUUUUGGGAAGUGGCUGAAUGUGCUGCAAGCAUGUUCGAUGCCACUGCGGAAGAUGCUGAAGCCGAGGAGAAGAGGCUCCGUGACCUGAAAGAACAGGCAGCCGAAGGAAGCAUGCCUCAGCAAUACGGUCAUCUGGUGCUCAACUUGUUGUUCCGGCAGCGUGGAAGCCCCUUGCAGGGCCUCGGGGACAUCGCCCUUCCCAGGUCACAGAAACGGGGAGAGGAAGUUUGGCCCUAUUGCCGCAUGGGCGAUUGGGUGGCAGCUACUGUCGGUGCGUUCAGCAGAGGCUAUGCCUAG